AUGCCCCCAGUGGAAGAAGAAAAGCUCGAGUCAAUUGUGUUAAAGAAGAUUUUGGUUGAGAAACGCUUGCAUGAAAAAGAAAGAGUAAGUCCUAAGGAGCCAGUUCUGGACAUUCAGACAGUAGAGCCACUUGAGUUUAAAAUCCCACUGGAAACAGCUGAUGGAAUACUGAAGCCAGUCAGAGAUGAGCAGGAGAAAGUGGCUCUUAAAUAUUUUGUCCUGGCUCCUGAAGAAGAGCCAGAAAUGACACCUAUAGUUUCAAGAAAGACUACCCUUACAGGUGAGAAAAUAGAAGUUGCAAUAGAUCACAUUACUUAUGCAAAGGAUGAACAACCACUACCUGAUGAGGAACUGAAAUUGAUUUCUAUAGCACCUGAGCAUGUGGAAAGAGAUUCUGGGGAAGAAAAGGGGGAUAAAGUUAAAUUGGUUGUUCAUAGGGAAGGUGCUGUAGAGAAAGUCUCUGACAAGUUUAGUAUUCUUCAUGAAGGAAAGAUUCCUGUGCAUGAAAAAGAAGAGGAAAUUGAGUCAACUUAUGUACCUAAACAUAUACCUAGAGACCCAUAUGAGCCCAGGGACCAGAAAAGACUUCUACGAAAAGAGAGAAAAUCAAAAAUGAGUUUGCAACCUGAAGAAUUUCCCAUUAAGGAUAAAACUUCAUUUGUAAAGGAUAUCACAGAGGCAGGAAUAGCUGAAACUCUUCUGCUUAGAAGUGAAGAAGAGAGAGGAGGUUUUACUCUAGAGAAAUCUGAAGUUCCUCUUGGAGAAUCCAUGAAGGAGCAUGGCAUACAAAAUAAAACUCAAUGGAUGAAGAAAUCUGGUACCACAGUAGCUGACAUUGCUACAGCUAAGAUUCUUAAUAAAGAAGAAAAAAAAAUAGAAAUUACUCAAGAUGAUGAAAAAGAUGAGAAUCUGGACUUUACAUUAGCAGAACUACAUUCCUUAGAUCUGUCUGAGGAGACUAAACCAGCACUGAGAAAAGAUGUUGAAGAUGAGGAGGUUCCCAGAGAAAAAGCUUACAUAAUCUUUAAACCAUCUGUACUUAAGCCAGAAGUAGUGGAAAGGAAAGCAAGAGAAAAAUAUUCUGCAGAAGAAGGAGAAGUUCAUUAUGAGGAGAGUUCAGGACAAUUGUUGACUGAGAAAGCACUCCUAAGUGAUAAAAAAACAGGCAAAAAGAUUAUACCAGAGAAGGAAGAGAAAACUACCUUCAGCACCCAGUUAAAAAAAGACAAAGUUAGACAGUCAAAUGCCCUUGAAAAGCUGCCUGUGGAAAAAGCAGAAUUUGAUACAGUGAUUACAGGAGAAGGAAUGGAAGGUGAAGUUUCCAUAGGAGAACAUGAAAACAGAGCCAAAGGUGAAAUAGUUGACAGAUCUGAGUCAGUAAAGGAAGUUCCUAUUCAGCCACCAGGGAGUCAAGAUAAAAAACAAUUUCAAGAAGUUCAUACCAUUCAGGAUGAAUGUAAAGAAACUCCAGCUCUCAAAAGCAGCAAAGAUAAAACUGAAGAAAAGAAAUCUUCUUUGACUGUGGAAGAAGUGAAGCUUUCGGGAAAAGAAGUUCCAGUGACAGAAGGUACCUCAGAUGAAAAAACAUCAGCUAAAUAUGGCAUUGGAAAAAGCACAUCUGUUACCAUGAAAAAAGAGAAGGGAAAGCUUUCAGACAAAAUACCAUCAAGCAAAGGAAUCCCUGCAAAUGGAGAAGUUAGUUACUCCUCAAGCAUAGGUAAGAUAAUAACUCCCAAGAAAGCAGAAGGAGAAAAAGAAUACCGGAAAUCAGAACCUGCUCACAUGAUUGAGCAGGCCAGUAGACUUUCGACUGAGAACAGGAAUUUGGAUGCACUUGGAGAAUCACGUGAAGUUCUGGAUGUUCCUGCAAAGUCUCAUGCAAAGCGAGGUGAGGAAGACUGCUGCCAAAUUCUUCUACGAAGUGCUUGUACUAUUUGCUUCAGGAGAAUACCAUUUGCCAUUGUGAUGUUUGUUUUUGUUCUUUAA